ACAAUUAUGCCWAUAAAGUCAURUAGCAACGUUGGAAUGGUGAGAAUGCAAGGCYCAUUAACUCCAAAUGACAMGAAAUCAUCAAGUACUGUAGGUGAUCACUUAUCUACUGUUGUGGKAGAUGRCUUAUCAAAAUUUAGCAGUAAAACUCCUYCGCCAUUGUUUCCAACCACAARAAAAACACUUGAAGCGAAGACAACUGUAAGCAGUAGUCUACCUAASGAAAAACUAAAUAUUACCAUAGACUUACAGAAAAAUCAAACUUCAACCCAAACCAACGASAAACAAACGGCAAAGAUUCAAACACCAGCUACUACUGAACAUAGCAAUGAUUCUCGUGAAAGCGGAAGUACACCACUUGAAAGCAACCUAAAGGAAAACAUCCUUAGUGUUUAUUCUACACCAAAAAUAACAAGAGUGACAAGACAUAGYACAACUGCAAGACCAUCUCGUGAGGCAAGAAAUAAUAUUGCCCGUGAAGACCAUGAAACGUCUACUUGUGAGUUUUCAUCUGUAUAUCAAAACGUUACGCUUCGAGGAGGUCAGCGAGCCGGGAAGUUCAAACUUCUUCUAGACACCAGAAACUCCACYCUGUGUGCCAAGCUAUGCUGUGAACGGAAAGAGUGCGACGUUGCACUGAUGUUGAGCGAUUUCUGUUUUAUGGUAACAUGUAAAAGCCCAGGUCUUUGUGAUCCAGUGCCAUCGCGACAUCUUGAGUAUCAUCCACGAGCUAUUUUUAGYAAGAGGAGGGCAAAUAAGGGGGUUGCUUCAAAAGAUGAUUACAAGCCAACUCUGAAGAAGAUGAAUAAAACUACUCAAGCACAKCAUGGGAACCACAGCGAUGCAAAACACUACACSCCAGAUGAAGAAAUGACUUCGAACGAGACAAUKCUYGUGUCCAAUGAAACCGAAACAGAUCUUUUUGCCAACGAAACUGCACCUCAACUCGUGACUUUGUCCAAGCCUUUGCUGUUCUCAAGUGAUAGCAGCUCCAACCUUGCUUCAAAAUUUACUAUUUCAACUAAUAGCGAAGCUGAAAAAACUGGCUUCCUUUCAGUUAGGCCAUCUACUGAAAAAGUACGGGACAUAAAAUCUACACCYAGUCACAGUGUCCGCCAAAGUUUUUAUGGUGUUUCUUCUAAUAGUAAUUAUAGAUCGAAAGGAAAUGGAUGGGUGUCAAAACCACAGGAUACUCAACAGAGGAGAASUCAAUUAUAUACAAGUACAAUAAUGUCCACGAAAACACACCCAGUGAAAAGCAGUUUACCGCAGUCCAAACUACKAGSCAGAGAAMKCCGAUCAAGGGGAUACAGUUUGGAUGGUAUGCCGGUCACAACUAGUGUUAAGACUGGUCAAUUGAGUCCUGCUUCCACAGAGAACACACAGUCCACAGUGUUUGUAACUACAAGACCUACUUUAGUCACACAACCACAGCAGCCUUCAUACAGAUUAUUGACACAUUCAGUAAUAUCACCAACCUCAUUGAAACCAUUGCACACAGUUCCUUCAACGCCUUCUAAAGUCAAAGCCAUUGAAAAAGUUAAAGUUGUUUUACAGGAAGAUAAUCCAACGCCCAUUAAAAUUAUUCUACAUGAUAUCGAGAAGUCGCAUUUGCAGCCAACUGUAAAGCGGUCCACUACUAUGGCAUUGUCACCGACUAUUAUACCUGGCAUAUCAAAYAAGACAACCCACGCACUGGAAAAAACUACUCCACUUUCAAGGAYCAYCCAUCUGCAAAGUAUUGUGGUUAAUCUAGAACCUAGUGAAAGUGUACAUUCAGAUUCAUCCUCUUUGCGCAAAGAUCACUCAGCAUCUUCCAGAAGCAGCACUGAUACAAAAUCAACACCUCACAACAAAAAUACAAUUGCAUCUUCUAAGUUUAACAUUGGAACUGUUAUUCAGCAAAGUAAUAGACAUUCCAGUUCAUUCACAGCUGGAAAAUCACAAUCGUCAUUCUAUUCCAGGUCGACAAUAAAUCAGGGUUCAAGAACAAUUAGUUCAAUUCUAAAAACAUCACAUUCACUGAAGCCCUCGUUGUUGAAGACAAAGAAAGCGUCGGUUACGUCACGGAACUCACCAGGCUUGACUGCAACACCAGCAGUAUCCAAUCGUGUAGUGGUAGUUAUAAACCCUGAGAAGACCACUUCCUCUGAAUUGUCCCAUGUGGUUUCUGGAGUUGAAACAAUAAAGAUUAAAAUUCCAGGUAAUAUUGAACAUGACCAGGAAGCAAAAGAUAAAGCAAGUCACCUGGUAGAAGAUCCACGNAAAGAGGUCAAAGAAGGAAGACAGCUCGGUCAACGAUCAAAUAUUGAUCGGCCAUCAAACGAAUCAGAAUUAGAGCCAUCUAGAGAAAUUAAGCUAUUAGAGCUAUUUAACACCAAACUAAACGAACUCAAACAUUUAGUGGUACUGAAAUGGUURAAUCGAGCCAUCGAGCAUCCUAAGUUAUCUCAUGUCGCAAAGUCAGAUAGUUCAUCUCAAACUUCAAGCACUUCACAAGUACAAACUCCAAAAACAACGGUAGCACCAUUUAAAGUUAGUAGCUUUUCAUCUGSACUGCAACAUAGCGAACAGAUACAAAGUGUCACGCCGUUAACAAGCCAUAUCAACUCCGUAAGCGGCUCAGCUAUUAGUACUUCCCAACGAAUCGAGCAAGCAAGUACUGCAAUCGCGACAACCUCUAUGAGUGUUAAGAUUCUUGUCGCAAGUCAAGAGAAAUUCCAGAUGAAGCAACAAUCAUCAGGAAGUUUACGAAAUGAAUCGUUAUCGCAAGACAUAUUGCCUGCGUUUCACAUCUCGCAUUUAGAUCUUAACGUUAACGCUAAUGAUUAUGAACAUAGUGACGUUUACAGCAACGUUACAUUCCGUAGUGGCAUUGCUGCKGGAGUGUUUAACGAACGAGGGGCUGUCAAGAACAUCGAAAAAUGCGUUGAACUUUGUUAUAAUCUCACAAAAUGCCACAUUGCUUUUAUGGUAGAGAUMGAGUGUUAUUCUGUUGAAUGCUACAGCCAAAAGGCAUGCGAAAUUAUACCGUUUAACUCGACACUAGUACAGACAAAGAUAGUAUCGAUGACGAAACGCUUGUCAGUCUUACCUUAUAAGGUCAACAAAACAAUCAAUCACUCCGCUAACAUUAGUAGAAACAUUGAACCAGAGACCUGUCUUAGAAACCUGACUGUGUUAAGAAACGUAACUUUCCGUGAUGGAAUCCAUGCAGGAAAUUUUACCGACCUUGGAAAGGUUGACAGCGUCGAGGCCUGUUUCAAGCACUGCUGCGAUACAGAAAACUGCGYUGCCAUUUUCAUGGUAAUAUCGAAUUGUUUUACUGUAAGUUGUUUUAYRGCWAAGGGUUGUAGUCCUGUAUCUGCUCAUUCUGACCGUCUAAAUACAUCGCUAGUCUACUUCGAUAAGACCUUUGAUAWGGAUUCAAAACAAGAAAAUCAAAGUAACCUUGAUUGCAGUAUCACUGGACGCGUUUACACAAAUGUUACCCUKAGAGGCGGKCUUGCAGCGGCAAAUUUUACCAAACAUGGUAUUGUGAAGAACUUUGAUGCUUGUUUYAAUAAAUGRUGUGAUGAUCCUCUUUGCGACGCACCAUUCAUGGUUUUAGAUCACUGCUACACCUUAAGAUGCGUUCAAAARAAAACAAGAUGCCUUCCAGUAGCUUCUCAUGAAGCAAAGUACAGCAGCAAAUUYGCUUUAAUGGAAAGGUCAGGAUUCAGUGAAUUCAAGCGAAGGCUUCAGAGAUUUGAUACCUGUCUGGAUAAUCCUAAAGUGCUGACUGGUGUGACGUUCAGGGGUGGUUUUAAAUCUGGAAACUURACAAAACAUGGAAUUGUGGGUAAUAUGACUGACUGCUUUAAGGCAUGUUGUGCUGAUAGCACUUGUGAUGCGGCAUUCAUGGUUGAUCACAAUUGCUUUACGGUCAAAUGUCAAGGYAACAAGACACUAUGCAAGCCAGUGACGUCCAGGAAAACUAAGUAUCAAACAUCGAUAGCCUUAAUAGAUGGUAUAKGAAAUAACACCUUUGAUGGUGGCCAUGUGCGAAGUAUAAUGGAUAAACGAUGUGAUGUCAGUUCAGUUCAAACAAAUGUUAAUCUGACUGGCGGAUGGAGGUCAGGGAAGUUUAUCAAGUAUCCCGAAGUCAAAGAAAUCAAAAAAUGUUCUGAGAUUUGUUGUGGGUAUAAAGGAUGCGAAGUGGCUCUUUUGAUAGGUGGUUARUGRUACAAUCUUGUGUGCUUCAAGGAAAGCAACUGCCAUCUUAGGAAGUCCAACAAAGCUUUCAUGGUCCCGGAACUCGUAUUGGUUAAGUCCUCACCAAUAUCAUCAUCUUCAACUGUGGCUGCAAUGAUGGUCAAUAUGCCAGGAAAGACUGUAAGUCCCAUGAACUUAGGACGAGCACUUCUCUCGUUGGGUUUGCUGGGUCGCGUARAUCCUCAGGCUACGUCACCUUCUGUAAAAGAUUCUAUUGGUGUCAAGCCAAUCAGUAUGCCUCCUUCGCUGCAUAUUAUUGAAAAUAUUACGGYUUCUCCAUCAUCUAGUURAUCGUCUUCAUCAGGGACCACCCUGGGCUCUCUUUCAUCYYUUGGACRCACCACAUCCCCAGGYAAAARUAUUCCGUUUACAAYAAUGCUCUCACMCAGCUACAAAGUCAGUACAAGUUCAACAGCAAUACCAACAGCUCCUAGUGUAUCCGAUGUGACUUUGUCAUCGACUUCUUCAGCAUUACCUGGAUUAGCCGAUUUCUCCAUUCAAUCGAKGACUAACACUCAAAGCCAGAAGGUGCCUUCAACUCCGUCWAGCAACAAGAUUAUGYUGUCCAGCUCAAGUYUAUUUCAUGCUGUAAGCAUGUCUAGUGAAGCUUCUAAAUCGAACAAUGUUGCUUCAAGCAGUAGCACACAAGAGCAGAAACUAUCUACCAGUAGUGUACCAGUGUCUUUAAAUGUAAAUAGAAUGUCACCCAAGACUUCUUCAACUCAAAAGGUAGCUCCAUCGACUACUUCCMCUAUACCUGCAAAAGGAGCUACUCCAUUGAAUACUUCUACUAGCCUUGUUACACAUGCAGAUGUAUCUAAAACUACGUUAUCAAUAAAGGUAACAACAAGUCCUCUUAUGAUUCCCCAGUCGAGUUUGCUACCACUGCACACUCCGUUGCCGUCACUUGCGGUUGAUGAGAAGGUAAAAGCUGCUCAGAUGCACCAAUCAAUUAGUAGUUUACGCCAGCAAUCGUCUAGUGUUGCAGUAAGCAGCACAUCGUUGUCUGCUUCAACUGUUUCACACGACGAAGGCCUCCCAGAAAAGCGACAUGAUGAUGGUCAGCUGAAAACGCAAGAACCAUUUGAAAGUAGAUACAAUCCAGAACAAACUCUUCAUYGUGUAUCAUCAAGUUCUGAAGUCAAAUCAAAGGUUACAAUGAGSUCUGUGCAAACAAAUCCGGUUCAUGAACAUUCCGUGCCAUCAGCWACUACAGCGAGUACAAACCUCAGAGAAAUUACUCCGACGCCRAGUGCAAUUACUUCAAGUAAAGUCACACCAAGUUCUAGCAAUGAGCCUUUGCGUGAUGAACUAAUAGAAACACAAGAUGUGGUUGAGGUCCUUCCUAUAGACAYCUCAAGCAUAGUGAAUYAGGAUACAAAUGCUUCCAAUGGUACCGUGAAUGCUUCUUUAASARAUAAAGCUCUUGAAUCCACUGAUUUUCCUCCAGUUGGGACAUGGGAGAUUGAGGAAGUAGCUAGUAGCAAACUUCCUAAGGGUUGUAUUGAUUCACUAGUUUUUCAUAAAGCGUCUUUACGAARGCCAUUAAAGUUGAAAGACUACAUGGUGCGUCAAAAGAUCAAGAGCUUUGAUGACUGUACACAAGCGUGUUGUGGAACUCCGGAAUGCAAUAUGGCGCUUUUCAAAAACAARACUUGUUACUCCAUUUCUUGUUUUGAUUCAGACGCCUGUCAUGAUGUUUACACGGACGAGGCGUCAGAUUUGGCAUACAUHGCUCGAAAUCGUGAGGAAAAACUACUACUUMAUAACAUGCUCAAAUCAMUGUCGAGGAAUAAGACACUUAUGCAGGAUAAAGACGUCAACAGCGUGAACACCUCAACUAGUUCCGAGUGUUUUAAAAGUUCUGUUUUCAAAAACGUCCGGUUUGAGUCUGGCAUGGGGGCAGGUGACUUUAAAGCCGUAGGACAGGUUAAUYAUUCCGAAGAAUGCGUAAAGAAAUGCUGCGAAUCCAUUACGUGUAAUGCKGUGUUUCUCUUGCGCACUCGAUGUUACCUGGUUACUUGCUUAGACGAAGUAAAAUGCAAAGGUGUGUUUGCACCAUCGGAGUUUUAUGAACCGACGAUUGUCUACAUCGGAAGYACAGAGCAGGAUAGAGAUAACUUUCAGAAAAUGCUACCUCAUAACGAAAGCAUUGGSGCUUCCUCUGUAACGAUUGUUUCACAGGAUGCUGCAAAACUAAGUAAUAUCCAWUCAUUUGAAGYCACGUCAAAUCUUASCYAACAAAAAGAGAAKCACGCCGAGAAAACAAGUAMUCAUGGACAAAACACAGUUGUAAGAGAUGCCCUGCUGUAUGAGGAUCUAUUUCACGUGCUUGGAACUCCAAGUCAUUCUCCUUCAAAGAGUUCAGACAUUAGUGUGCCARCAAAGACGUCAACUGAACGGCUCACUUUCACUCCAWUGGUACCUUCAUUUAGCAUUGAAAAUCCGUCAACAACAAAAAYUGGCSUCCAUCCUGUUCUAGAACCUUCCAGCAUAGSAAGUGCCGUGUCUCCUUCGUCUUUACAAGAAAAGCAUAAUUCAUUGAACAUUUCCAGUCAUUCCUCAUUAGUUGCAAUGAAAUUGAAUGAGAAAGUAUCAUCUUUACUUGUUAAUCACUCCAGCGUUAUAUUGGUUUCUAAAGUCAGCUUUGUUACACCGAACAGUGUKYCUAGAACCAAUCUACUMUCAUCUGAYAGUACCACUGUUUUACAUAAAUCCYAAGGACAACAACUUCUCAGCCCAAUGAACAAGACACCUACAUUAACAAUAGCCCCURACAGUCUAGUUACUGRGCCAGCGAACUCGAAACUAUUGGCUACYAUUGGAAAUCGUAGAGAMGGAGUCUUCAAUAGAUCAAYUGCAUUGCCAUCAGCUAUUGGAACAAUUCAAGAGGCGAAUUCUGAAGCUARGAGUACUUUGUUACUUYGCAAUAUGUCGAGAAUAUCAGCUACCAUUUCUACUAGCAUUCAUUCUCUGCGUGKGUCACCGYAUCAGACAUCGAGCUCUCCGCUUAACGYCAGUUCAUCCACUUUAGAUGYCAGUUCGAAAAUCACMCUCUUCACAAGUCYUACACUGUCCAUUGUAAAGACUCCAUCUGUAGKUUCCAGAAAUCAUUCGCUACCUUCAGACGAAAAAGACAUCAGCUUUUCAUUAUCAAGCACAUCUACUGUAUCGUCCAGUGAUAAUCAUCAUGGUCCUCCGCUAUCCACCAUUACGGAAACGAAUGUAUCAAGCUUGGUCUCCAGGCCAUACCCCAGCACUUCGUCCUUACAGGGACCGKUGCAUGGAUUAGAUCCUAGUGCUGUGCUAUCUAGCCUCGCGAACGCUAAUGCAUCAAGGUUGAUUAGUGGAAUGCCACCAACGCUGAAUCAAAGAGACAAAAUAAAAACUGCAGCAAAACGAAGACAUUCUUCAAGUGACAUUCACUUGCUUKAAAAUCAGCUUGAAUUCCUCAAUUGGAAGCAAAAUCAAACAUCUUCAUCUCUUCAGAGWGCCGAAAAGCUGAUCAAAUCCUUAAAACUAUACGUCCAUAAAUUAGACCACUCACGAAACGACUCAAAUCACAACGAGUCAAAACAGCGCGCAUAUAAAUCUAGCAUCAAGAAAGUUCUCACUGAAYUGACUGCUCAUUUCCCCAAGGUYCCAGUCAUUAAAAYCCUUAACGACACAGUACAAAAUCUUGUGACUAAUGCCUCAAYAACAUCGCAAGAUUUUGAAUCGAUGAAGUCUUCGUUGGAUGCAAUGGAGAACAUGCUGCAUAACGAGCUAAAGACAACCUCUAGAGAUUCAUCACAAUCYCUAGAUAGUGGUUCUGUAGUUAAAGAGCUUAUACAGCCGUCCUCGAGUAGCACCAUUAGAGAGGGUGGAAAGAAACCUUCAAAUAGUUCGAAGCACCAUAUAUCAAAAUUGCAUAAUCCAAUUCAAUCAAGUAAAGGAAAUUAUGAAGGAAAGUCAACUUUAGUGACUAGCAUGCCUCACUCAAAGAGUAUCAAAAAGGUAAAACAUGAAGACCAUCACAAAACUAAAGUUCACUCAAGAAUGACAAAAACACCAGUAUUACUACCGACAAUAUCAUCAAAGRCUCGGAUAUACCAUAGCACAUACCAUACCACUUUAACAGUACAUGGUUCUGUGGUUCRUUCAAAUAUGKCAGCAAAUUCUAACAACUCUUUGAGUGCUGAUGCAGGCGUACCCYCCYACUCUAUUCUUAAAGKUGAGGGWUUGYUCAAAUCAUUGAAUACAASCAYCGAUGCGAAACAGUAUCAGGGAGUAUAUGGGUAUUUCUCACAUCUAUUAAACAAAUUUAAACAUUUCUUUGGCAAAGAGAGUCAUGCAAGUGUUACAGUGGACUCUAGUCGUGCUUCCAGUCAUAGUCAUAAUUARAGUACUGUUYAUYUGCCCACRCCAAGACUAACAUCAGGCAUAAACGAGUCCAAAGUCGUAACAUCACAAAUGCUSAACAUGAUAUCKUCUUCAACGAAGAAAAGCAAURAUCAAGCUCCUUUAUCUACCGUACAGCAUGAUAUUGWGUUUAAAUCAUCUCGCUAUGCAUCYAACUCCUCWGAAACCAAACUUAAGAUUGACCUAGGCCAAGCGAUGCAAGCUGCUGGUAAMAUGACAAKGGUACAUUCAGAAAARACUAGCCUACKGGUAUGUCAUUAUUCAAGAUCUGGCCGAGGGUUCACCUUGAAAGGAGGCUUGAAAUCAGGCGUUUUCAAUCAUGUUGGUACUGUCGCUCAGGACAUGGACUGUGCGCAUAAGUGCUGUAGAUCUAAGAACUGUACCGUUGCUUUGUUAUUGAUUGACAAUUGUUUCCUUGUCACGUGUAAGAAUGAGCGUCUCUGCAAGAAUGUUCCUGCUCUUAAUCAUAAAUUCAAUCCAAGGGUAGUUCAUGUGCGAAAMACCUAUCAKGAUUCUGAAUCAGGAUUUUCAACAACGAAGUUGCAAGAASGCRUUGAAGCGAAACCACAAAGUAUAACUAUAACAAGGAGAGCCCAUCUCGUUACGAACAGCCCUUUUUAUUCUAAAUKCAUUGAGCRGUCAUCUACAURAGUUAAAGAYACCAUCAGUCAUGAAAGCGCUACAAAAWAUAUUUCAGCAAAGCAGCAAGAAUCGUUGUGUAAAGCUUCACCUCUACAGUACAAUAUGACAUUGAAAGGAGGGAUUAACGCAGGGUUUUUCAAAGACCAGGGCAAAGUUAAAAACYUGACUGAAUGUGUAAACMUUUGUUGCGGCGAGAAGAAAUGUAGCGUAGCAUUCAUGAUUUUGGAUAACUGCUACUCCGUAGCUUGRUACAYUGAUGAGAAAUGUAAGCCUAUCAGGGCAAAAAAUAARUCCUUCAAUCCUAAGAUCGUUUAUCUYGAAAAGCRCGGAGGAAUGGYAUGGAACAAAAGUACAGAAAAUAUCAGUCUGCCAGGAAGCAUUGCAUCAUCGCAAACAACUAGAAUGGAAAUCAUAGUCUCAAGUUCAGUACACAACCAUCCACAUGAACAUAACAAAAUGAAUAAUGGAAAGAAGGRUUUGUCAAGUAAGCAUUGGAAGACGAUAUCACCCACAUUAAGCUCUCYUGUUAWUCCCACAUCCUCAAUAUAUCAAUCGAGAAAUGUCACAAGUACGAAAUGCCAUAUGGGACAUGUUGAGUCAUAUYCUACGCUAAAGGGAGGAAUCGAUGCUGGUUCWUUCAKAGAUUACGGUAAUGUCAAGGAUWUAGCSGAAUGUAGUAAUACUUGCUGUACCGAGGCAAAGUGCGACGUUGCUUUUAUGGUACUCAAUCGAUGCUUCCUGGUGUCGUGUUUUGACAKUUUAGCMUGCGAGUCGGCUCCGGCGAAAUCCAAGAGGUUUAAAACGCGACUUGUUCGUGUUACUAAGCAACUACCUGAAAUCAAUGCUAUUYAUAAAUUUCUAUCUGAUAUAGUUCAGCCUUCGAUUGUGAUGAGAAUGAAUAGAAGUGAUUCAAUUAAUUUGAAAAACAAAAUCAACUCUACUGAAAACGGUUUAGUCGAAUCUUCGAGUAUUGUAAAUCAAGAUGUCAAAGAGGAAAAUGGAAUAAGAAAAGAGUCAAUUCCAGGGAUUGAUCAAUUAAGUGGUGACAAUGAAGUUACUCAUGCGGCAAUCGCUAAAAGUAUCGCUAAUGACGGGGUCACAGAAUCCACGCCUACACUACCUGUCUUACCCGCUAAUUAUUUACAAACAACGUCACCUUUAAACGAUAACAAACAUGAUAUCCAUUCUUUGAUUCAACCUUUCAACAUAUCAACACUUGUCAAUCCGCAAAAUGGAAACACUCGUSACUCGCGUCAUGAUUUAAUUGGGCGGAUUACGACAUCUAUAAUUGAAGAUUUCUCUCAACGAGGUCUUAAGGAGAACAACUCAACUGGAGAUGAUAAUGUGAAGGGAAAUGCUUCCCUCGCAAGUCAAAUAUGUGAGGAAUCGCGUUUGUACUACAAUGCAACAGUUCGCGCUGGAAUUCAUGCUGGAAUUUUCAAAGAUCAGGGCAACGUAAAGGACAUGAAAACAUGUGCUCAAAUCUGCUGCCGUUGGCAGCGCUGCACUGUUGCUUUCAUGAUCCUCGCUCGCUGUUAUUCUAUUGCUUGUUACGAUCAGCAUGGUUGUGAGCCCGUUUCUGCACAGAAUGUGACUUUUAACCCACGGAUAACUUAUUUAACAAGAGCUAAACGACAAAACAUCAAUGCUGUUGAUGCUCUUCAGCCGUACAAAACUCCAUUUACCUUGCUACCAUCACACUUGAAAUUAAGUUCAACGUUAGGCAGUAAGAAAGCUUCUUAUCAAAGAGUGAUAACARCGUCAAUACCUACCCAGAUGUCAAUCUACGCAAGUACUUCGACACCGUACAUAAAGCAGUCACCUUUUAUUGACACGUCACAGAUAACAAGUAGAGRCARUCCGACGAUUGCAAAUCACAGAUCUCAUAAGAACUCGAAUAUUUGUAUUCAAGGCAAAGUUCACUAUAAUACAACCUUUCGGAAAGGAUUCAAAUCUGGCCACUUUGUUGACAAAGGUGCUACCUCAAGCAUGGCGAAUUGUCUGGGAAAGUGUUGCGAAGCAAAACACUGCGAUGUCGCCUUUAUGAUUCUUGAUAAUUGUUUUCUUGUUAAAUGCAAAAACAAUAUUGCUUGRCAUUCAGUUCCUGCCCGAACGUCGAAGUUCCAUCCAAGAUUAGCGUAUGUAUCAAGGGCAGGGCCGAUUUCUGAAAAGACGAGGCUCACUGGUACGAACCUGCUAAGCCAGGCUUUUGAUGGAACUAAUAAUGAUGUAAUUCAUUUUAAAGAUACUUUGUUGAAGCAUAAAACUUCAAGCCUUAAAACAGUUUACAAUCCAAAUACUCAACAAGAGAAUAGUUAUUAUUCUUCGAGUUUGUUUAAAAAGGUCAAGCCCUCGACAUCUCCAAACACCGAAYCUCCAAAAAGCUCAAAAACUACAAAGACGCUUGAAAGAACAUCGAAAAACUUGCUAUUUGAAGCAUUUGGAGAAGGGGAGSUCCAUAUAAGUAUCAAACCCACUACUUCUUAUUCUACUGUUAGGUCUAGUGUUGAUGUUGUGAGAAACUCCCAAGGAUCAAAGAUUAUSCCAUCAAAGAACCACCUGUUAAAUCAAACCAAAACAUCUGAAAAACAACACCAAAUGACAAAAACAGUUGCUCGUUUAAAAAAUACACCAUUUGCAGAAAACAUUGCGCUAUUGCAAAAAGCAAUUCAACCUGUGGCUGAGARGCCUUUACUUAAAAUUCAUGAUAAGAAACAUUCCACCAGUUUCAAACCAACGACGUUGAGUACUAGUGCAACUGCUAAUAUAAAAGACAUUUCUCGUGGCCUGAGCGCCAGGUUAGACAACGUCAAAGCUAAAAACAGCUCAACAACAACAACAGAAUUAAAGUCGAAAGAUGGGCUAGAUUCGACUUCAUUGGGAGAAAAAGCGCUUCCUCUCACCUCCCCUUGUUUUAAUAGCCCGAUCUCUUACAAUGUUACGCUACGACACGGCAUCAGAGCGGGCUAUUUCAAAGACCAGGGGAGGGUAGAGGGCAUGAACUCCUGUAUCUCCAAGUGUUGUGCAAGCAAUACCUGUGAUGUCGCCAUGAUGCUGAAAACUAACUGCUACUUGGUACAAUGCUUUAGCAAAAAGUCUUGUAGGCCCGUGCCAGCUCGACAAAGUCAUUUUUCACCUCGACUUGCAUUUGUUCACCGAGAAAAUGGUUCAAAUCUUUUGUCCUUCAUCGAAGAACAAGGUGCCUUUGAACCAUCCAGGGCGAUUGAUUCCAUCUCGAAAACCUCGAUUCUCCCCGAGCCAUCUAUAUCACAUUCAAACAAAGAAGGCCCAGCAAUGGCCAAUGAUGAUUCCAAUGAAGAGCAAAAUCAUUUUGGAAAGGCUAAAAAGAAAUUUACAGAUUCGUUUAGUGCAUCUGAAGGCAGUCAUACCUAUCAAAACAAGCCAACAAAUGAGCCUACAAGAAAAAGAAAAGUUGUUAGCCAAACGCCUACUAUUGCACGCACGGAUAAAACUAAUCUUCCUGUUGAAGACAUGUCAGGAAGUGCUAUCAAUCCAAUCACCAAUUACCAGGAAAGCUCAGGCAAUAGCAAGGCCGAAAAUAUUAGGCCAACUAUUCCAAGUACAGACCACACAAAUCUUCCAGUGAACGGGUAUUCAUCUAGAUACAAAAGUUCCAAAAAACUGAUUAAAAACUUCAAAAUGAAAGAAAGGCACAAUAAACCAACCUUCCCUAGUACUGGUCGAACCCAUCUGCCUAGUGAAGAUAUCAAAGGAGGUUUAAAACCACACAGUAAGAAAAAAAAGGCCAAAAGCUCUGGAAGUAAGAAAAUUAGGAAAGGAAAAGCAUCGAAAGAUAAGAAGAUGACGCCUGCUCAAUUGAAGCUGCUUUUUUCACUUAUGAAUCCUCAGYUCCCACACUCUGAAGGAGUCACUCCCACUCAGAGAUACAGCGUACCAAGAGAAGAUAUAGCAAAACCAUCAAGCUUUGCGAGCAGGSCGACUGGUGGACAGCAUGCAUAUCAAGGUUCAACAGCGAACCCAGUAAAACCACAAUAUGAAGAAGGAAAGGACAAGAAAAAGAUUGYUAGUGGUUCGAUUGAAAGUGGAGAACAUGAUCUCAAUGGRCCGCUCUCAYCAGAUGUCCAGGAAGGAGUAACUGAGUUUCUUCCRCUGAGUGGGAGCUCAGAAGGGGAUAGUUCUCUUUCGUCUUCUAAACCACCAGCUAUACCAGUAACAAAAGAAGCAGUGCAACCUACAACGCUUCCACCGUACUACUUCGAACUGAAAACCUUCGCAAGCAAGAAAAAACAAAAAAGUCAUAAACACAAGAAAAUACCDAAGAUUCCAAAGAAUUCUGACUUUAUUUCACCAAAAGCUGAAAAUACAAUCAAACACCCAAAGAAGGAUCAGAAUUUAAUUUGGGAUUUCAUCCUUAAAGACACACCCGAAUCACCAUUGCAGGAGAACGAAACAAACAAACUUCAGCUGGCAUUUUCGCACACGACUUCAUCUCCCCCCAAACCGACCGAUCAACAGAAAAAUACUGAAGUUUUCAAUCUCAUUUCAUCUCCUAAAAGUUCUAAUAAUAUAACAAAUAUUUUAGAGACAGCAACGAAACCUAUAGACAUUGACCUUCAUACUGCAAAUAUUGACAAACAAAACGCGGAGGGUUCUGGGAAGGAGAAGAGGCCAACAGAAAUUGGAGGCUUACUCAAAGAAAAAACAAGUUCAAAUCCUACAAUAGGAAAAUUCCAGAAAGAAAAUUCAGAAAUGCCAACUCAUGAUGAACGCACUGAAAAUAAAUUAUCGAGCAAUACAUCAGCUGUUGAAAACCACCARAAUGACAAUGGCAAAACCGAUYGAAACAUAAAAKCUUUUAGRUCGAAYCCAACGCGUGAACCAUUAACAACGCCAGAGAUGAAGGAUCAUUCACCGKAUURGAAGCCCAAUGAUAUGCUAUUCAAUGCUCCUACUGCUUCAACAGGAAGAUUUAUAAAGAACACCUUCCAAGUGGUAAAUGGGGACUGUUUCUCCACUCCUGUAAUGCAGAACCACACCCUAAAGGGUGGGCUGAAGGCAGGUCUUUUCCGUGAAAUWGAUGACAUACACAACAUGGKUURGUGUAUUAAAGAGUGCUGUCAAAACAAACUAUGUGAUGUGGCGUUCAUGGUYCUCGAGCAUUGCUUCCUGGUCACGUGUUCAAAAGUUGAUUUCAAACAGUGUGAAAGCGUACCUGCUCUAGCGACAGGAUUUAAUCCAAAAAUAGCUCAUAUCAUAAGAAAACAAUUGCAUCCUCCUACUACACCAAGYUUWCUACAUGGACAUYYUCCAUUCAAAGUCCAUACAACAGUGCCACCUUCAAAGGUUAAUUCACAAAAUGCCGAUAAACCAGCAAUUCAUGAUCAAGUACACACKACAGUCCAGGAACAUCCUCCUAKUACACCAAGACCGUUACAUGGUCAUGAUAAUCCAUUCAAAWUSCAUACAACAKUACCACCUUCAAAUGCUAUUUCACAACAUYCCGSUAAAACAACAGCUCAUGAUCAAGAACAUACAAGUGUCCAGGAUCAUCCUCCUACUAUUCCGAGACCKCUCGACAGAAAACAUCAACAUGCGCAYCCAACUGCCAAAGUAGAAGUGUCCAAACCAUCAUCUGAUCAAGAUACUACACCAAGACCAGCUUAUGGUCCAUCACUUCUUCACAAGCAUCCUACUACAUCUCCYAAGCCUACAGAUAUUCCAUCAAUCUUCCACAGUAAGACCKCGAAAUCAACUAAUAGUAUGUAUMAUCUGUCAAAUAACCGUCCGACAUCAGCGGUUAAGCUUACCCAAGGGUUCUCAAUUGUGCAUACUAACCUGCCCACCACUGCAGUUCAUAGCCGAGUUCACAAGCAGACAACGGUCAGACCAAAUUACGACCAAUUUUAUUUCCAUUCUCCGACKAACCAAGCCUCACCAACUAUGAUUCCAACGAUGGAAAAGAAACCAUCUGCGAAGAAGUCAUCUCCACAUACACGUAUCGCUUAUCAUCAUAGAUCAAAAACAACACCCACACGUUGCAAAAAGGGUCCAGUACUUCACAGUGUAACAUUAAGAGGAGGACUUCACGCUGGUAAAUUCAAACCCAAAGGAAACGUUAAAAGUGUAGAGAAAUGCGCUAYGUUCUGCUGUAAAUCCAAUACAUGUGACAUAGCRUAUUAUUUUAAUGGACAAUGCUACCUUGUCGAAUGCUUUGAUGAUUACUUAUGCCAAACAACCAAUGUGGUUCUUCCUGGGUUCAACCCUUCGAUGGUCUUUGURCGUCAUAUUACAAUCCCSACUCUACCUCCAAGACCAGAGCUAAACAACAUUUUCGACUCAAUUGAGCCACUYAAAGUCACCCCAACGCCAAAACAUAAAAUAUGCAAYCAUUCAAUCGUAUACAAWGAGGUGACUUUGAGGAAAGGGUACGARUCCGGAKAGUUUACACCUUAUGGCAAGCUAAAGACCUCGGAAGAAUGUUUGGAAGCCUGCUGCAAAGAAGAACAUUGCGACUUGGUGUUCAUGUUUUUGGGAAACUGCUUCACUGUGAAGUGUAAAAGCAGCUAUGCUUGUGAYAUCAUCCCAGCUCGAAAAUCACCUUAUCAACCAAUGAUAUCUUACAUGAUAAAGGGCAAUGUAAAACCACCAUCAUCGCCAUUCAGCGUCAAACUACCUAGUCAUAAGCCCGUGCGCGUUGUCCAUUUUACAGAAAAGCCAAUGUAUCAACGCAUAGGAUCUCGAAAAAGCUUUGAGGAAAACCACACAAAAUCGUCAAAAAGUAAAGGCAAAGGGGAAGAAAUCAUCAGCCAUAAUAAGCAUAAUGAACAUGGUGAUACGAUAACCAUACCGGAAAAGAUAAAACUUAAAGAGCCCUCAGAAACAAAAAAUASAACAAAAUACAAAAAUCUUAAACCCAAGUCAUCGACGCGCKAGCACAAGAAUCAUAGCGCAAAAUCUAAAGAGCAAAWUAAGUCGAGUAAGUUGAAGACUGACGAAGUAAAGGUCGAUAAUAAUUCCAAUCCGGCAACGUCUAUGGAUAAAGUUCUUAAAGGGUUGUCRGAGGUUAUGCAAGAGAAUAAAUUCCUUGAGAAAGAAGUUUCAAUAUUGUUACACAYACCCAAUGACAAAAAGAAACACGAAGAGGAGCACACAUUAACAACAAACAAAACUCAUUCUGGGGACAAUAAAGUAAGUUUAAAUGGCAAUACUCUGSCUGAAGCUAAGUACAACUUAAGCGAAAAUCCUCUUGCAUCCGAUACUUUGGAUAMCAAUUCUACAGCGAUUAAAWAUGCUCCGACUAAAGUGCCAAUACUACAGCAUACAGAGUCUAAACUAAUAACAAAUAAACUAGACAAUAGAUAUCACACUACAGCGAGUAUUACAACACAGGGAACAACUAAUACUCUGCCYUCAACUGKAAACAAACAUGGCAKUGAGAAGAKWAAUGUUAAUGCGAUAUUUCGAAAUURAAAAUCUCCACAAAAUAAUCUAGAGCAUGGACAUAUUAAUACURCGAGUYCUACACCGAAAAUUACGGACUCGUAUGUGUUGCCCAUAAACACUUUCGACAGUAAASAUAAUGAAUKCAAGCCUAAAUCACACGAAGACAAGCAGGAAAAGCAUGUCCACACAACAAAAACAACGCCGAAUAUUGCUACUCAGCCUUCGUCUUCAACUGGUGAAGUGAUUGAUUUGUCAACGAUCGAUAAUAAGCUGGGUAGGAACAGCAAGAGCAGCCCUUCUUCCAAAGUUCAUGAAAAUGAGCAACACAAAACUCCUAACAAUAUAAAAACAACAGCAAAAAUAUCUAAAAAGAUUUCCAAUCCAACAAACAUUAUUGAUUUAUCAAGUGAUAGUGACCUAGUCAAGAAUAGCAAACCAACUCCUUCAAAGUCUCGUCCGCUACAGAAUAGAAAUAGGAAGACUACAGCUAAAACGAAUCCAACUGUGAAAUUUCAGGGCGCAGAUAAUAUUAURGAUCUAACAUCAUCCAACACCAAGACUAAUAWAAACAGCAACAAACAUACUGGAGAUGCUGGGACCUCUCCCGUUUCAAAGCCGACAGAUAUGAACAUUGUUAAGGAAUCGCAUUCCUUAAACAAAGUUGGAAAAGAGCAUGUUAUAUCUUUGGCUUCAAAACCGACAAAAUCACCAGUAAGAACUACUCCACGUGAGUAUGCACCCACAGCGGAGCAGGAAGUUACGGAAAUUCUCCCAGAGUCCGACAACGAGCUCAUAAAAACGUCUGAGAAGACUUACGAACGUAAGUUGAWUCACCACAAUAGCAAAGAAACUGUAGGGAAUUCAUUUGGUCCUAUGAGUGAUAGGUUUCUACCGGAUAAGGAGAUAGAAUAUCCUUCUGAGAUUAAGGAAGAAAUUGCAUUCAAAAAGCGAGGUAGUAUCAAUCAUCAUAGACGGCGAAAGCAUCAGUUCAAGAAAGUAUAUAUUAGUGAUCCGUUCUCAGAUGGCAAUGAUAAUGAUGAKAAUGAUGACAGUGAUAACGGUGAUCCGCUUAUGGAUGAAGAUCAAGAUCAAUCUAUCGAUGAAGAUGAUAAUCACGUCGAAAGAGUCYUUUACAGACCGGACGAGGAUAGUAAUGAGAGAGCAGAACACCGCAUAUAUCGUCCAGGCGGKWUUAAACCAAAGCAUURUCACAACAAAUAUCCUAGUCAUCGACAUCAAGACACUGAAACUAACGAUGCAAACGAUGAAGGCGAGYGCGUCGAGGAGCAUGCAAUACGAAAACCUCCAGGUUAUCGAAACCAUGAAAAGGAAGAACUUGAYCCAUURCAUCACAGACACAAGAAACCGAGCAGCAAAUUCACACCAUCAGACGACGAUGAAUUGUUUUAUUCUCCCGAAUAUACACGUUUACAUCAUCACAAACAUCCGAAACAUAUUAACAAGGAUAAAACARAUCAUUUUCGUCACCAUGCUGAAGGUUCUCGUUAUGRUUAUCAUCCAACGUUGAGUUCUGGUGAAGAUCACGGCUUCGGGGAUAAUAAUGAUGGUUAUGAUGAUGGUCAAGGUUAUCAUGAUCGCCGCCAAAAUCAUAGGCCAACUGACAGAAGCCCUACGUUCGCAGUUCCUUCCUCUGGUUAUGAUAAUGAAGAUUACACCACAAAUAAGCAUKAUCGKRAUCAUAAAUCAAGACCUAAAAUGAAGKCUACCYRCGCWGCACCUACCUCUGGUUAUGAUGAUGAGGAUAACAUUGCAUAUAAUUAUCAUCGGCAUCAUAAGUCAGUACACAAAACCUCUCCUACAAAUUCAGCUCCUUCAUUUGGAUAUGAUGAUGAUGAUGAUGAUGAUGAUGAUGAUGACAUUACAAAUAACCAUAAUCUCCAUCAUAAAUCAAGAAAACCAACAAUUGUGACACCGUCGUUUGAUGACGYUGUUYGUGAGAYAACCGAUAGUGAAAGCAAAAKACUUCAAAAARCAAUACAUCCCAAGAAGCCAAUAGUUCCAACAUCGUUGCCUGGUUUUGAUCAUCAUCACCAUCAUCAUUCAAGUCAUCAAAAGAAACCAGAUGUUCAAACAUCAUCUUUUGAUAAUGACAGCGAUGAUUACAGACAUCGGCAUCACAAAUCACAAAAUAAAAAGAGGCCAACUGUAGUUACAGAAAGUGAUGAACUUAUUACACCAACYRRAGCUACAACUCAUUCGGUGGUACAUCGAAAAAUAUACACUCCUAAAGGCCAUAGGCACAACAGUAGYCAACACGCUAAAAACCUUAAGAUGGUAAAUGAACUUUAUGAUAAAGUAAAUAUGCUAUACAAGAAAAUGGAUUCGCUACUUCAACUAGAAACCUUGAAAAAGAACACAACACCACAGCAAGCUUCUGCAAAACAUACUCUUGGCCAUGAAGAAGUCAAAGCCACCACUACGCCCACAGUUCAUWKCAAAAGACCAGCGGCAACUACACAUAAGGUCAUGCARCACGAGAUUCUAAAGCCAURUUCAUCGCCAAAGCCAACUACAAAACGUGUUUCUACAWCUCCGAAGUCUUUUCUGAAGAAUAUUGCAGAACAUURCAUUGAAAGACCUAUGAAACCARCUGAAAAGAUUCAUACCAAAACGUUAUACAUGAGACCGCCAUUAAAAAGUGAUUUGAUUGAUCCUUCGGGAAAGCUUAUGCUUGAUUACAUUAAAAGUAUCUACGACAGAGCAAAAGAGGUACAUCAAAGCAAAAUAAAAGCACAUUUGAAGAAACAAAAGAAGAAAGAGAAGGUUAUAUCUAGCGGUGAUUAUGGAUCUGGUUCAAAGAYUAAGAAGAAAAGGAAACAGCAUAAAAGGAAGAAGGAGAAAUACUACAAGCAUUACCACGAAGAAAAAGCAAUCCUUGAGGAAAUUAAGGAUAUUUACAGGCAAAUGAAAGAAAUGAAACAUAAGGAUUCUUCACGCCCGAAACCAGAUGAAUUGUUUGAGUCAGAUACAAUGCGAUCUACWAURCCUCACCCUCGCAAAGUAGCGAUAGUUAYACCUAAAACACUGGUGAKCACUCCCACAAGGAACACCGUACAGCCACACAAACCAACAGUGCAAGUUACUUUACGGACCACGCGKCUCCCAGUUAGCUUCAUAUCAAAAGGUAAAAGCAAGARGUCAGAAAAACCUACUGUWGGUCCAACCAKAGCCAAAACAACAGUWUCGKUGGACAAUAUGAUAAACCAAAUCGCAGAGAACGUGGCCAACGAUGUAAUUAAGAAGAUGCAACACAAUACCACAAUGAAACCUACAAAAGCAACAACAGUUCGCAAGAAAAAGCGAAAAGUUACUCAUCCUAAAACAGAAAGCAAGCCAACAAAGAAUAGAAUCGAGCAUAAAGGAUCCAUCAAGAAGGAGUUCUCGACACUUUUAUCCAAGCUUGAAAGUGUAAAGAAAGUAACUUCAAAUUCUAAAAAUGCACCCAAGACGAACAAGCCAGAAUUUCAAGUCCAAAAGGAUCAAAAGUCUUAUUCUAAAACUGAUGCUCAUUCAAAAAAUGCAUUGCUAGCUGAAGCUGUGAGUCUUCUGAAGGGUAUUUCUAAUAAGGGAACUGCGAGUCCAACAUUGCCAACAACAACUACCAAUCCAGCAUUGCAUCAGGCUGUAGAACUCUUAAAAAGUAUCAGUUCUUUGAAGGAAUCAACAUCAAGAUCACCUCUCAAAAAAGCUGUUGACUUGCUGAAAGAUUUGAACAAUAGUCGCAUUUCUGCUACAUCAAAACCUACAAAAACAACAGUGGCUACUAAACCAUAUAUAAAGCCAACCAAGCCUGGUACYGAUCUGGAAAAAGCUAUUGAAAUUCUUAGAAAUCUCCAAGCAAAGAAGCUAUUAAAAAAACARAGCAGCACACAACCUGAAGGACAACGACCGCGUGAAAAUGAAGCCUUCUUGCGCAACGCAAAAGAGCAGAAACAACAGAGCGAAAGGAAAAACACGAAKUCAGAAGAAAGUACUUCUACAUCGCCCCACGUUCCAGACAUUCCYCCGUUGGACUCCAUGGACUCCAACAGUGUUAUCAAGUCCCAAGAGAGUUCACAGAGCAGUAGAAAGCUUCUCCAAGCUCCAUCGAGCAAAGAUGAAAGUUUUCAGCACAUUAUAGACACUGCUGCACAACAAGCAGCUGAAGAGGUUGAGAAGASUAUUUUGAAACAUGAAAAACAACAGAACUUGAAGAAAGUCRUUYCCGAGCCAACAUCYGCAAGCCCUCAGKAGGGAAGCUCUAAUGRUGCACAMAAGAUGACAAGUCAUGGAUCRGAUCGGGACUUUGAACAUAUAAAAACUCAAAAGGCUUCUCCUUCUGUUAGAGUMCACGCUACUAAACAAGGGACCACCGGACGUCGUUUUACUGUUCCAUUGCCUAGRAUUCAUCCAGCGGACAAAGAMUACCAUGGSCUUGACAAACUUACCKGAGAAGAGCUAAAAGCGAUGUUGAAAUCUCGACAGCGAUGGUUGUCAAUGAGAAAUAAUGUAGAAGCUCUGAAGAAGUUUGACAUUCCUCAGGAAACUUUCGGCAACGAAGCUUAUUUGGUCGUCCACCUUAGCUUUGAAAGCGCCAUUAAUGGUCGGGUCUACGACAGCUCUGGUCUCCAUAACAAUGGCAAGGCGUCACCACAGACAAAAAUAACUACAGAUGACACCAAAUGUGGUAAAGCUCUCGUGAUGAAUGGCGGSCAUGUUGAAUUCAACAGCAGAUCAUUCKARGCUCGUCCACAUGAAGCGAUAACUAUUGCAUUAUGGGUCAAAUUCCCUCAAAUAGACAACCWGUACAACCUCUUUACGACRGAGGGAACUGGUGCCAAGUACACUUUCCAAGUCACCGAGGGUAAAGUUCAUUGGUCGCAUUUGAACGACAAUGGUCAUGUGGUAUUUUCRAUGGAAACUGAAUCGGUWAUUAAUCUUGGAAGCUGGGUUCAUAUUGGUGUUACUUAUGAUUCAAGGACUAAUCUCAGCAAGGUUAUUGUAAAUGGAGACGUUGUUGGCCAAAAACACGGCUUCGGUCGYUUGUCACAAAACUGGGAUGGAAAAUCYGGAAUUGGAUUGUCUGGUGGACURCAUGGGACUGUGGAUGAGUUCUAUAUGUAUAAUCGCGCUCUYGCUGCAUCAGAUAUUCAAGAUAUAUCAGAAGAGUGCAACCUUUCUCCAGACGAAGCCAUUCCAAUGAGAGAAGGUAGUUUUACUGGCAUUAUCCCUCAGCACGAAAUUGAGGAAGCUCUGGCUAGAAUAAGUGGAUUUAAUCUAACAACGGCGAAUACUCAAACAACUGCUCCAKCCACCAAGUCUACAACGCCUACCACUAAAACUACACCAACUACAACUCCAAKYACWKCWKKGACKACRKCYACKAKAACAKCWKKAACKACUCCAACAACCACACCUACCACACCWAAGYCAACUACACCUACCACACCAAAGACAUCGCCAACAACACCAAAGCCAACACUACWCACAACACCAAGGUCAACGCCACCAUCAACCCACCCUGCUGCCAAAGGGAUACCAACCAUUCCACCUCUAAAUGUCCAGUUUGAGGAACCAAAGUGUCAAAAGAGCUUUUUUUACCACAACAGCAAGCUCCAGGGAGGCAUGGAUGCCGGUCUUUUCAUAGACCUUGGUCGUACGCAUGUCACUACACAGUGUCUUAAGAAAUGUUGUGAGAUCGAAACAUGUGACUUGGUGUAUAUGGCUAAUGAUCAUUGCUAUGCUGUGGARUGCUUUACUUCAGACCUGUGUCAACCAGUAGAGGCGUUUGCWAUUGGAAAGGCGAUACCUAGUAUAUAUUAUGUGAUGCGGCAUGGGAAAACCAUACUGGAUAAAGCUUUAGCCCAAGCUACRGUUACUGCAACUUUAUUCACACCCACUCAACAAUACAUUCUUCCAACCACUACCCCACCACCGUACACAACUUACGAAGAGGUAGACGAUGAUAUGUUAGAUACCAUCUACGAACCCCAACCGACAGAACACCGAAUACCCGACCAUCGGCUUUGCACACAGAGCAUGUUCUUCUACAACGUCAAACUAAGAAGCGGGUUUAAGGCUGGGACGGUGCUCGUGCACACGUUCGCCAAGGGCAUGCACAAUUGCCUGCAGCUGUGUUGUCAAGAUAGAACGUGUGAUAUCGCCCUGCUUAGGAAGGGAGAGUGCUAUACAAUGCAUUGUGGUACUGGUCACUGRACUGUUGAGGAUGGUGGUGAUUUCCAGAUUUCUUUUGUGUCUCGGCAAGGUGCAGAUUUCGAUGAUCUGAGCAUUUUCCCAACKRUUCCAAGUACAACASUGGCAUCGCCAACCCUGGGAAGUGAGGUCACAGACCAAGACAAUCAGKGGRUAUCACUGUACUUUGGCUUUGAUCACGUGGUCGAGUCYAUGGUCGUUGAUGGWUCGGGAAUGAACAAUGAUGGAAAAUUAACCAAAGGAGCAUCACUCAGUGCUGGACGUGUGGGGCCUGGAAUAAAAACAAAUGGAGGCCAUAUCCUGCUUCAUGGGAAGCAUUUCCGCGGCAAACCACGUGACGCCGUUACCAUAGCAGCAUGGGUUAAGCUAUCGACAAUAGAAGGUCUUCAUUCUAUAUUUAGCACUAUUGGCAGUCAUUCGGUACAUCGAAAAGGACAGUACAACUUUGAAGUCUACGACGGACGUAUUCGAUGGUACCAUCGUGACCAGCUCUCACGAAUAGUCUUUAAACUUCAAACUCCACCAGUCUUUACCACUGGGCGUUGGCACCACGUCGCGGGUACCUACAACUCUAAAGAGGGUAUGGCUAGGAUUUAUAUGAAUGGAAAUCUUCAGGGCCUAUCGAACGGRCAGGGUCGUCUCUCACAGGACUGGGAUCAAUAUGCUGGGUUUGGGUCAUUGGGUGGACACAGYAAGUUACAUGGUUUCCUGGAUGAGCUUUACAUCUUUAGAAGAGCUUUGAGUGGUCGCGAGAUUCAUAAGUAUGUGAAGAAUAUCAAGUGUGCCACAGGAACGACGGCAUUUAAUUGUGAGAAUGGACUYGAAACGACAGUAGGACCAUUUGGCUCAUCCAAUCAGAUAGUUGGUGAACCUACAACCAUUGCACCUUUGAAAGAAGCAUUAGAAAUGAUUGGAUCAAAUCAUAAAACCGRUUCAACAACAGCUCCUACUACCCAGCCAACAACACCUACCACACCAGCAACAACACCAUCUACAACUGAAGCUCCUACUACUACACCAUCAACAACUAAAGCUCCUACCACAACCCAACCCACAACACAGUCAACUACAAAGCAACCUACUACAAGAACAACACCAACACCGCCUACUGUAACUAGUAAGCCCACUACACUCAAACACAAGUCCACGAAUACAUGUAAACUUGGGAAUGUCUACAGAAACAGAGAUCUGAUUGGUGGACUUGGCGCUGGGAAUUUCACAGACCAAGGAAGAGUAUCAUCAAUCGAGCAGUGUAUGAGAUUGUGUUGUGAAAUGGAGAACUGUACCGUCGCGUACAAGAUUGGAACAAGUUGCUUCGCUGUGGAGUGUCGAAAUGAGAGGCUAUGUAAAACAUUUACUAGAGAUCUGUUAGAUGUCAGUCCAGAGAUUGGAUUUGUGAAUCGUUUUAAUCACGAUGGGGUUUCCAUCGCACCUUUCACAUUUACGGAAGCGACAAGACAUCAUCCAACCACUGGACCAACUACACGGCCGCCAACACAACCUCUGAUAGACGUAGGACCUCUUAUAAAUACAGGUACUCUUGAUAUAUAAAACUAAUAUUUAAACCUUAGAAGUAAGAGCAAGAAUUUCUCUCUACCUUCAUUUUGGCUUCCAUUCAUACCAUGUAUUCAUCUAUUCAAGCUUCCAUUCUUCUCAUUUCACUAUCCAGGUACC